GCUUUUUCCGAAACAGUGUUUCGUCAUCAUCUAUCAGAGUGGCUCUCUUACUCUGUGUUCUGUAGUUGGGGGAAUCGUAGACGAAGAAGAAAGGAGAGAGAAAGCGAAGAUGGGUGGAGGAGGAGGAGAUCACGGACACCACGGAGAUGCAGCACACGGCGGAGACUUCAGAAACAAAGUAUGGAGCAUGACUGGUGGUCCCUACUGCAGACCCAAGCACUGGAAGCGCAACACUGCCAUCGCCAUGGCUGGUAUCUUCCUCGUCUGCAUCCCCAUCGCCAUGAAAUCUGCCCAACUCGAGCAACGACCACAUCAACCAGUUCGCCCCAUACCCUCGCAGCUCUGGUGCAAGAACUUUGGUAAGAAGGAAUAUUGAUUUAUAAAUGUUUUGCAUAGUAAACGAAACAUAUAUAAAAACUACUGUGUUGUCGACUCUGAGAAUUUUCAGGUUUUGUGGAUGUAUUGCACUGAUAAUUUGCUUUCAGGAACAGUAUGAAAUUGUUGUGAGCAUCAUAACUAAUUGAUUGAAUAAGAUCAUGACUUUCGGUUUGUUCCUAAA